CCGGCAGGGCCGCGGCAUGGGGCGGGUGCAGCUCUUCGAGGUCCGCCUGAGCCACGGCCGCGUCGUCUACAGCCCGGGGGAGCCGCUGGCGGGGGCCGUGCGCGUGCGCCUGGCGGCGCCGCUGCCCUUCCGAGCCCUGCAGGGAGAGGAAGGAAUGGAGGGAGCCACAGGACUACCCGUCACUGAGCUCCCACCCCACAUCCUGCUUGGAUCUCCAGCUGUGGUGUCCACUCUGGUGACCAGCCUCGGCUGGGCCAGGCUCAGCUAUGGUCUUCUGACUUCCUGACCACGGGAUGGACGGUGGCAGAAGCUCUGCUGCCUGGUUCCUGAUCUGCGUGUUUCCCCUGGGGAGCCGGGGAGGGCCAAGCCAUCUCGAUGCAGAAAUCAGCGCUCCUGGGCAGUGCUGGCCCAGGAAGGCAAGGUGUCCCCACCCUCCGGUGUGCCAGACUGUUGGGUUCCUUAUCUGCUCAGCCAUCCGGGUGACCUGCACGGGGUCCUGCAGGGUCUCCAACAAGGCCAAUGAUGCAGCAUGGGUGGUGGAGGAGGGCUACUUCAACAGCGCCCUGUCCCUGGCCGACAAGGGGAGCCUGCCUGCUGGAGAGCACAGCUUCCCGUUCCAGUUCCUGCUUCCUGCCACAGCUCCCACGUCCUUUGAGGGCCCUUUUGGGAAGAUUGUGCACCAGGUACGGGCCACCAUCGACACACCGCGUUUCUCCAAGGAUCACCAGUGCAGCCGCGUGUUCUACAUCUUGAGCCCCCUGAACCUGAAUAGCAUCCCGGACAUUGAGCAACCCAAUGUGGCCUCCACCACCAAGAAGUUCUCCUACAAGUUGGUGAAGACGGGCAGCGUGGUCCUCACCGCCAGCACUGACCUCCGAGGCUACGUUGUGGGGCAGGUGCUGCGGCUGCAGGCUGACAUUGAGAACCAGUCAGGCAAGGACACCAGCCCUGUGGUGGCCAGCCUGCUGCAGAAAGUGUCCUACAAGGCCAAGCGCUGGAUUUACGACGUGCGGACCAUCGCCGAGGUGGAGGGGGCCAGUGUCAAGGCCUGGAGGCGGGCCCAGUGGCAAGAGCAGAUCCUGGUGCCCGCCCUUCCGCAGUCCGCCCUGCCGGGCUGCAGCCUCAUCCACGUGGACUACUACCUGCAGGUCUCCCUGAAGACGCCGGAAGCGGUCGUGACCCUCCCCGUCUUCAUCGGCAACAUCGCUGUGAACCAUGUCCCCGUGAGCCCCCGGCCAGGCCCGGGCUUGGUGGUGCCCUCAGCGCCACCCCAGGAGGAGGCGGAGGCUGCGGCCAGUGGCCCCCGCUUCUCCUCGGACCCUGUCUCGCUCUCCACCAAGAGCCACUCACAGCAGCAGCCGCCGCCUGCAGCCCUCGGCGCCGUGCCUGGCGCCCCUGAACCCCGUCCUCAGGAUGGCAGCCCUGCCCCCCACCCCUUGCCCCCUCCCCUGUGCCUCUCCACAGGUGCCACCGUGCCCUACUUCGCGGAGGGUUCCGGAGGGCCGGUGCCCACCACCAGUACCUUGAUCCUCCCCCCAGAGUACAGCUCGUGGGGCUACCCCUGUGAGGCCCCACCGUCCUAUGAGCAGAGCUGUGGCGGUAUGGACCCCGGCCUGACCCCGGGGAGCUGACCCCGUGCCGCCUCUUCUGGACGGGUGGACCUCUGCCCUGGGACCGGGCUCCCAGGGCCUCGUGCCUUCACUCCCGGCCUGGCCCGGCCCACUCAGGACACGCUGCCGCCCGCUGCUGCCCGCGGCCUCUGCCUCCGGACCAGCCUCUGCCCCACCAGCCUCCGCAGCUCCCCUGCAGUCGGCCUCUUCCAGGGGGUUGGGGCCUCGAGAGACGCCGUGUAAAUAAAGCGCUUCAUUU